GCAGUUCGCGCCGAGAACCCGAGCCGAGUUGGUUUGGACGAUUCAUUCCGUAACCUACUUUGCUUCGAUACAUACACGCUUUUAGUUUAGCUCGGCACUACAAUUACUUCGUGUAGAUAGAUGAAUAGUUUUCAUUCAGCCAGCACUCAAAUAGCGGAGUUCUACUUUUAUAGACGACGAUGUUCAACGCUUUCAUCGUGGUCUCCCUGCUAGUACAAAUAGCCUGCCUAUUAUUGCCUUAAAUUUUUACAGGUCGGCAGGAAACGGUGGUUAAAUAUUUGUCAUUAAUGUGUACUUUAAGGGGAAAUGUCAAACUCAAUUAACUUUUUCCGAAGUAAAAUGCAAGUGUAUCAAAUGAAAAUGAAUACAAAUAGUUGAAUGGCAAGAAAUGAAGUGAGAAAUAAUACCAAAAUCAGUGACUAGAAAGUUUUUUGCUUGAAUAAAAUUAAAUAGCGGAUUGUUGUAUACUGUUGUAUAUAUAUAAUAGAGAAGUGUGUAAAAUUCUCUUAGCGAAGUGAAUUCUGUCAUCAGUUCCUGAAUCCUUCAGCAUACGUCAAUUUAAAUCAAAGUGUUGCUACACUGGAUCUGCGAAUCAUAAACACGGAAAUCCUUGAUGUAGUGCAACAUUGAGCGAGUGCAGUGAUCUAACACAACAUCGUAAGCAGCUGCAAUCUCUCCACUUGGAAUGAAAAAAGUAAACAGAUCCGCCAACACAAAGAAAAAGAAACAGCGCGAUUGUGAUCGUGUUCGUUGCACAAUGUAUGGUUGUACACUACUCUAUUAAAUAAGUGCAAAUCUUCUAGUGUGUGCGUAUGUCAUUCCUAUUAUACCUUCCAACUGAUCUUGGUGUGGUAUGAAUAAGAAACUAAAAUGUGUUGAUUGUUAACUCCUAUAUUCGGGAAUAUUGUGGAAAUGAACGUCUAUAGUUCAGUGUUGUACAGGCGUUGAAUAUUCUCAACCAGUGAUGUGUACUUAUUCUAUCUUUUUCCGGUUCGUUCUGAGUUUAUAAGUUAGUACUUAUGCGCAGAUGGUGUUAGUAGUUGACUAUGAAAAGUGAGAGUGCAUGUAAUGCGAGAAAAAGACUUAAACUGUUUUCAUGACGAUUCAGUAAAUGAGUGCAAGUUACUUUUGUGUGAUGUGUGUGAUGUGUAAAGGAUUUGUUAGUGCGAAUCAGAUAUUUGUAUUUUUUAUAAUUACACCAACAGACUGACUAUGUAUGUGUAUUUGCGAAUAUUUGUAUGGAAAAUACUUUAAACUCAAAAUGCUGGAACAGUGCUACUCUCACUGCUGUUGGCAGUACAGAAUGUUUAAUUAUCAGAAAAAUGUGUCAACUUUCUUUUAUUAACUGUUGGUAGUAAAGAAAUGCAUCAAUAACAGUGUAUAGCAUAAGAAACGCAUCCGUUUGAUGUUAUUUGUAGCUGCUGCUAAAGUGCGGUGAAAAUGAGAAAUACAGUACAAUAGUAUUUUAGCAUAUAUAUGAAGAAAUUGCAUGUACGUUGAAGUUAAGAAAUGGUGUGUUCGUAUUUGAAUAAAUAAAUUCGCUGUGAUAGUGCUAUGGCACGAAUAAAAAUAAAACGUUUUUCAAUUCGUGCCGUUGAUAGCCUCUAAAUCUAUGCCAAAAUGCAUAAAUCAAAGUUUUUUCUAGUUGUGAAUAAAUCAUUCUUCACUUCACUUCAUUAUUUCAUAAAAACAAGUUUAAAACACCACAACAUCUUUUAGAGCAGGCAAACGUCUGAGACGAUAACUUUGAUAUCGUGAUGCUAGAUAAUAAAUCUAAGCUACAAUGUAAACGUAUAGUGUUUAUGCGAAAACUGACGUGCGAUCGAUUGUGAUAAAUAAUUGAAAUACUUCUUCCUGACAAUGUGCGAAAAAUACCGAUUUUGCUAAAAUCAAAAUCGUAUUUCAAUUGAGGCAGUUUUCGGGGGAAAGCAGGAAGCAUCAAAAAUGACAUCAUUAGGAAUUAUGACACUGAGCCGUGGACCAUACAGCGAGCUCGAUAAAAUGAGCCUAUUUCAAGAUUUGAAACUAAAGAGACGAAAAGUUGACUCACGAUGUAGCAGCGACGGCGAAUCCAUUGCGGAAACGAGCACAUCGUCACCAGACCUUUUGCAGCCUGUGUCACCGAAGAUGUGUGAUCAGCAGCCUGCGCAUCUAGGCCUGCCACAAAAGGGCCGUUUGAUGGAAAUCAGCGAAGAUGGGCUGCAAAAGGUUCCACCUGACGCCUUAACUUCGUCACCAACUUCGCCAUCAAGUGUAGAUGAAGAACAAGAGCAAAUGUGCUCCGCCGUCAGUGGUAUACAAACAUCUGCAGAUGAUGGCGGUAGCAAUAGUGCUGGUACUUACGAAAAUAUUGAUUUACAAAUUACCAGCACUUACCAUGCAAAAGGUUUGAAUGGAAACGAAUUAAAGGAUAGAAGUGCAUGCCGUGGUCAGGAAGAAGAGUAUAUUCCCACCAGCUAUCAAUCAGACGGUAGCAAUCUAGCAGCAACAGACACUUUGCUUUCAAAACCGUCUACAAAACCAACAAUAAACAGGUAUGACAACGCUCCUGUACUAAAUACCAUUAAUCUGAAGGACGAUGCGUAUGAGAGUAGUAAUAUAGUGUCCCCCGACUGUUCACCAGAUGUGUUAACAGAGCAACACACAGACGGUAUAAAUGGUGGUCAGAGCAGUGCAUCAAACCUAUCCGCUGCUAGUGUUAUACGUUCUGUAGCUGAUGCACAACGACCUCGUUCGGUCAAUCCUCAGACCAAUUUUACAACUACAUCGACAAGUACUAAGGAACAGAGAAAUAGUAGCAGUAUUUGUGACAACGUUCUUGAUAAUAGCAACUAUGUACGAUUAGAUAGCGCUCCCAGUAUCAAAAUACAUACCGGCCAUAAUACUAACAACAUUCGGUGUGCUGUCCCUACCACUACAACAACAUGCCACAUAGAUAGUGGCGCCAGUAGUAAAACCGCCAAUGCAAUACUAAUAAAAUCCAUUGAGUCGCUACACCAGCAGUACGACGAGGAGAGUGUUGGUGUGGAAAAUGAUAUAGAUGGUACGAAAGCACAAAACGGAGUGGCUGCAAGCGGUACUGCAGUAAACCCAAGCACUGACAACGUCAGAACUUUGUUUAGUAGUGAUCAAACUCAACAUCAUGCAACGGUCCUUGUUACUCCCCCGUUAUCACGAAUGAAAAACAAUAACCUCUUAACCACGCAAGGUAACAGCACGGGAAACACAGCGACGGCUGCCGCUGCUGUAGCGGCAGCAGCUACGACUCUGGUAACACUAGGAAUGCGGAAACAGCAAUCGUUGCCACCUCUUUCCACAAAUUUGACAGAAUCACCGUGUUUAUCCAUACUAUCGUCAUCCACAUCGGCAUCUACAUCAUCGAUAUUUUCUUCGUGUUCAUCGAUGCCCAACUUCAUCACCGUAUCAAGUGACCAAAAUUUUUUUUACAACGACUUUAAUAAAAAUACUGGAAUUUCAAAUCGCAAUCAUAGAAAUGGAAACGAAAUGAAUGAUGAGCAUAAAAGAAGGCAGAACAUCAUAUCACCAUCGAAGAUAGACUCUUCAACGUUCAGUGACACUACCACUACGAUUAACACUGCCACUAACACUACCGCCUCAGAGGAAUCCUCAUUAUCUUUAUCCUUUCAUCCUCAAAAACCAUUCACUGAAGUUGGUGGAUUACCUUCAAAGAUUAUUUCUAGUCAAGUUACAGCCUGUGCUGGAAACGUUAGUAGCCCAGUGCCUAAUAACUCUAGCCAGCAGCAGCAUGUAAUUAUAACGCAACAACAAAUGUUGCAAGCAAUGCACCAACAGAUUCGCAUAAAAAAGGAACGUCAACAAAAACAUUUGAUUGUGCAGAACAACCAUCGCACUGUUCACACAAGUUUUUCGGAAGUUCAUAAUACCCAACAGCUAAUUAUUAAACGUGAACGUAGUGCAAGUAGCGGUUUAAAAUCACCAAAUUCAUCCGGUUCCGUAGCUCUUUCUCAUGCGACAAUUAUACGUCAGUCCGCCAGUCCAGGACCAAUGGGUAAUGUUAACCAAAUGGGCCCAAUGCAACCACCGAUAUCUCCGCAUCAAUCUAUAUCAUACCGUCACCCAAACAGUCCUGUGUCCAUUGGUUCAUCGUGUAGUACACAAAAACCUCAGGUGAUUGUCAAACGCGAACAUGCAUCAUCAUUGCAUCAACAGCAAUUCUCCCUUCAGCAUCAACCACCAUCGAUAGAAAGAACCAUUAACGUUGGUGCAUUAAGUCCAGCUGGGUCCACAACAAACAAUCUAACUACAACCACGUCUUCGUUUGCAUCCACGGUUGGGUGUCUGUCGACGCGUAAUUCGAUUCGUGAUACCGCUUUAUUGUUUCGUGUGAAAAAUGAAACAAGUGCUUUAUCAAGUCAACAACCAAAACAACAACCAAAACAACAACAGCAGCAGCAGGAGCAGCAGCAACAUCAGCAGCAGCAACAACAGCAACAACAUCAACACCAGCAACAACUUCAACAGCAUCACCAAAAACAAAAUCAUCGAAUGGUAUGGCCAAGUCCUGCUGCAUUAUCUGGAACUGCAGUAGUAUCUUCCGGAGUUAUGGCACCUCACCGAAUUAAUGGCGUUAAACCAGAAGUUAUAGGUGGUCCUUUGCCACCUAUAAGAAGUCAGAUAUUAUCUCCCCACCACACGCAUCAACAACAAACGCAUCAGCAGCAGCAGCAACAACAACAUUCUCCUCGUAAUCAUCAACAGCAGCAAUCGCCACAGCAUCAUCCUAGUAGCUCGGGGCCAAAUGCAUCACAAACCCCUGCACGUAUGACACCGACUGUAAUAAUGGGUGAAUCAUGCGGCGUACGCACGAUGGUAUGGAGCUACGAUACUACGUUGCAAAAAGUCCAUAACACUAAUUCAAUAAAUACAGUUGGAAGUGGAAGUACCCGCACCGAUUCAGUGUCUGGUAUAGCCACGGUAGGUAGCAACAAUGCAGGAAACAAUCUCGGAACCCAACUGCAGCAUCAUCAUCAACAACAAUUGACACAUCAUCAACAUUCGCAGAAUCAACAGAAUGCGGCAAGCACAGUUAAGAAUCAUCAACAAGUACAUCCUAAUCAAACAAAUGGUGGGAUCACAAAUACUAGCAAUAGUAGUAGUUAUGACAUCAUCGCCAAUAGUAACAGCAACAAUAGUUCUCACAACACUGUGUCGCAAAAUAGUAACAACGAAGAGGCAGCACAUCUUCUCUUAAGUUUGGGACAGUCAGUUGUACCGAAUACGUCGCCAACUGCAGCUGCAGCUGCAGUAGCGGUUGCCGCAGCGGCUGUUGUUGCAGGCCAUACUCAAUCCUGGCAGGGAACGAACCAUGUUCGCACUAACUUACCACUUAAUAUGGAGCGGCUGUGGGCCGGGGACUAUGCUCAAUUUUCAUCGUUGGGAUCUCAGCAACAACAGCAAGCUCUUAACCUUACAUCUCAACAGCAGCAGCAACAACAACAUAUAUCUUGGAGCUUGUCUGGUAUAGGAUCUGCGGGUGGGCCGAAAAAGGAAAUAUUAGACGACAUGCCACCGGACGAUGACGAUCAACCGUUGGUGUGUAUGAUAUGUGAAGAUAAAGCAACAGGAUUACAUUAUGGCAUAAUAACGUGUGAAGGGUGCAAAGGGUUCUUCAAGCGAACUGUGCAGAAUCGUCGAGUAUAUACAUGUGUAGCUGAUGGAACUUGUGAGAUAACAAAGGCUCAGCGCAACCGUUGCCAGUAUUGUAGGUUUAAAAAGUGUAUCGAGCAAGGCAUGGUGCUUCAAGCGGUUCGAGAAGAUCGUAUGCCCGGUGGUAGAAAUAGUGGAGCAGUUUAUAACUUGUAUAAAGUUAAAUAUAAGAAACAUAAAAAGAGUAACCUGAAAUCGACUACCACUAAGUUACAGCAAGGUUCUGGUGCCAUUGGAGCCGCUAUCACUAAUCUUAGUGACAUCGGAGUAGGAGCAGGAGGUUCCCUGCAACUAGGCAGCGGUAUCGGUUCUGUUGGAAUCGCGGAAAGUCCAAAGUCUUCAAAUGCGUAUCAGCACGCACAUUUAACAACGCACCUUCAACACCAUCAUCUGCCUUCGACAACUUCCCCAGCGUUGGUUAAAUCAGAGAGCAUGAAUUUGAAUUUAAUGAACGGUACCAUCCUCAAAACCGCUCUCACCAAUCCGAGUGAGAUCGUGCAUUUACGACAUAGGCUUGAUAAUGCCGUAAGCUCUUCUAAGGAUAGAUCGAUUUCGUACGAACAGGCCUUGAAUAUGAUACACACCCUUAUUGACUGUGAUGCAAUGGAAGAUAUAGCAACCCUGCCGCAUUUUAGUGAAUUCCUCGCAGAUAAGUCAGAGAUUGGUGACAAGCUGUGUAAUAUUGGUGACUCGAUCGUACACAAGCUGGUCUCGUGGACACGCAAGCUUCCGUUUUAUACGGAAAUUCCUGUCGAAAUACAUACUAAAUUGCUGACGGAUAAGUGGCAUGAGAUACUGGUAUUAACAACAGCUGCCUACCAAGCUAUGCAUGGUAAGAAGAAUAUCAGUGUUACCCAAACACAAAGUGCAGGACUAGUACUAACACCGGAGACAAAUGAUCCCGAGUUCACUGAAGAGAUAACUGCCCAUUUGAAUACGUUACAAUCCUGCCUUACGACCCUAAUGGGACAUCCAAUAUCUAUAGAGCAACUUAAGAUCGACGUUGGCCAAAUGGUGGAGAAAAUGACCCAAAUUACGAUAAUGUUUCGUAGAAUUAAAUUAAAAAUGGAAGAGUAUGUUUGUCUGAAGGUGUACAUUCUACUUAAUACAGAAGUUGAGCUGGAAAGCAUACAAGAAAGAUACGUACAAGUACUUAGAAGUUAUCUGCAACACACUGUUCCACAUAAUCCCAAUCGACUGAGUGAUCUUCUGGCGCAUAUUCCAGAGAUUCAAACGGCAGCUAGUUUGCUCCUGGAGAGCAAAAUGUUUUAUGUACCCUUCGUUCUAAAUUCUGCCAAUAUUAGGUAGCGAAUGAUCGAUCGAGCCGUAAAAUUGCCAUCGAACAUUAAUCGAAGUUCUUGUGAUAAACGUCAAGAAAACCUGGAACAAAAUUGCUCGUACUGCAGUAGAAUUACUGAUGAAGAUCACUGCCUGAACGAUCAUGAGCCUUUGCGUAGCAAAAGAAAUCAUAACUACUCGAUGGUAGGAUGUUCCUUUUUGCAUGAAAUUACCCCGAUGUCGUUAUCGCCAACCAAGGAGCAAGAAUUGGCGUCCGAUUGUACUGCAGCCAGCAUGCAGACCAGAAUAAAUUCAUCACUGAAAAUGACUUCCAAAAGGCUAAUUAAGAUGAACACACCCGACAGCAACAAUGACAUUGAAAAUACCAAGAUUAGCACGGACGUCCCAAGUUUCACUGCCGAUAUUCAUACUUUUAACAAAAAUUGUCGUAUUAAUCAUAAUAAUAAUUACGAUGUACAUAACAAUUCUGAUGAUACCAAUAGCACCAAUGCCGUAACAAUAUUUGUUAUUAAAACAGUGUUACCUGAUGAUUAAUCACUUCGAUACAUUCGAGGCCAUAAUAAAGCACAGUCAAUAUGGGAUACGUACCCAUUUACAAAAUUUUGACUACGAUCGGAUCCUAAACCUGUAAAAUAGAUAGGAAAACGCUACCACGUUUCGUCGCACGAUGAGUUGUUUCUCUUGUCUCACUCUUACACAUUUUCUGUUUUUAAACAUGGAGUUCCGUCCUUGACGAGACGCAUUUUUGCCAUAUUACAAUGGAUAGGUGGAAUUGAAACUAUUCUUUCAAUUUCGAUUCCAGUGAGCGAUUUGACGUGAACAUUCUUCUUGCUAGUGUUAUAACGAGCAUCAAAUCAGAAUUGGUUUUAGUUGUAAUUAUUCUGCUUGACCGAUCAAAACGAUUGAUAUCAUAAUGAAAUCAUCUCUGUUCUUGUGCUGGCUUUCAUUUAAAUGAAAAUAAGAUUUUGUUUACCUUUUAUUUAGCAUUAUGACAGUUAAUUUCCUCUCGGCACGGAAUUGACCACGUACAUGCCAAUUUUCACUUUUUCUUAUUCAUUUUUAAAAUGUCUUCGUGGAAAAGCUGUUACAAGCUUUAUGGCGUAUUUAAUUCCUUCCCACCUUAUCCAAUGUAAUAUGGCCAUUAUGGCUUAAAUUUCACAAGAAAUUAAUUCUUUAAACUAUUGGUGCUGCGGAUUUCGGGUCAUCUUUGACGAGAGAGAGUAAAAAUAAUCUCAUCGUAAAAUCAUCCUUGUCCCCUUUGUUUAUAAAAAAAAAAUAUACACGUAAACGCAUUUAUUGAAACAAAUAUUGGCUAGCAGCAGCAAUAUAUGUCUCAUCGGUAAGUUUCUCUAUUGAGUUGAGUGGUAUGAAUGGCACAUAAAUGAUGCACGUUGUUAAAAUUGCGAUAAUGUGACGGUGACGGUGCUGCUAUCAACUGACUACAUGGAGGUAUAUGAAAAUUUACGUUUAAUAUAAUAAUGCCGUAUACUAAUGAGUAAACCUAUCUUCUGAAACUCCAUAAAAUCAUUACACUGCUGUUGGACGAUGAUGAUUACGAAGAGGGUUAAAGUAGCAUAUAUAAUGAAAUCAGAACAACUGGUCAGCAACGUCUAGUUUGAUUAGUUUUUGUUUUAUAUGAAUUUCGAUCCCAGUAGGUAAAGAUAAUGUGCUUUAUGCAAUUACAUUGCAAGAAGUGAAAACAUUUAUUUGUCGUGGUUCACAUUCAUAAAAGAUUUCAUAAUUAAAAUGAAGAAAAUGCAUUAGACAAGUAUCAUCAACUCACAGAAAAAAUCACCUUACUCAUAAAAACAUUCGAGGAAAUAUUUUUUUUCCAAUACUAGGAAGUCUGAAAUGAAUGCCUUCUAUAUUAAAUUAGCAAAUUACUGAGCAUAAGAAAGCAUAACACAAAACACGCUAGCGAUUUACAAUAAAUAGACAAAAUAUUGGAUAGAAAGUAAUAGAUUAACACAAUACAGAGAUCAACAUGUUGGGCGGGCGCUAAUAUAGGGUGUUGAAGGAAUCUAAAUAAGUAAAAUGUACCAAAAUGUCAGCAAAAGUUCUGUUGAUCAACGUAAUAUUUGCGUUGAAGCGUUAUAUGAUACAAUGACCUAUCAGAUAUUAUUUUUUAACGAUACAUAACAAGCCCAUAGAGUUUCUUUUUUCCGUGCCUACUAAGACACUUAGUACAACAUUACAAAUCAGAAAAGCAUAAGAAUGUAUUUGUCCAUUGUUCAUAACAAACUUCUUGACCCGCCGUUAGUUUGUUCUGCGUUUACAAUACUGGCUACAUAGGAAUAGCGUAUAAUGAAUGUGCUAUAUCCAUGCAACUGCAGGGUCGAGUAAAUAAAAUAAAAAAAUAGGCCAUUGGAAAUAUCUUUACAUAGUGGAAUAUCUCCAAUCCAAUAAUGGGGCCUUUCACGAUAUUAGGCAGCUUUUUAAUUUGAGUUGGACAGUUGGUGGAAGAAAUCAUGCCAACACUCCAUACGAAACCACACACCCCAAUUGACAUUUUCGAGCACGGAUCAUAGAGAAUUCAAGCAAUUUCCCUGAAAUUGAAGCUUUAAACUUCUCUUAAACUGCACACUUUUAAGAGAAUUUAAAAACAGCCCUUCAAAAUUAACUGUGAUUUUUUUUAUUUCUUUUUUCUGUUUUUGCCGGUAAAUAACGUUUCCUAUGUAUUAAAUUGGUGAUGCAGCCUUUGAAAACAACAAAUUUUAACAAAAAUAACGUAGCACAAAGUUUGCUUGUGUUCUUGAUAAUCAAAGUUAUGAAUGUAAAAUGAGCUAGACGCCAUCGUGUUUCGAUAAAGUCUAAUUUACGAGUAUAAAAAAUCUUGGCGUAUUCAGCACAGUUGAUCACAUAAAAUUCACAAUUUCAGGCGUAUCCAGGAGAUAUGGAAAAACAAUUCCGAGCAAAUGUCACAUACCAAAAAAAAAACAAAAACAAAAAAACUAGGCUGCGAUGUUCAUCUUAGAUAAUUUUAACCUCAUAGCUAGAAUUAGAUUCGAAUACCUGCUCAAAAAAUGUCAAAAAGGUUGUUUCUUCAUUUACCGCAAGUUGAAUUAAAGAGAUCAGGUGAAGGAAUCUAGAAUCAAAGUGUAUGUAAGACCAAGUGGACGCAUAGCCCGUUUUUUUAUAACCAAAUUUUAACGUCACUGUUUGACAGGAUGGGAGAAAACUUUUGCUCUAACAAGCUUUCUGGAAGCUUGACGAAUACACAAAACAUUCUUCAUUCAGAAGCAGAAGGGAU